UCUUCUGACGUCACCGGAUACUGCCGCUGCUUUCCGGCAUGUCCACCGCUGCUCUCUCGGUAAAAUGGCAGAGGUCGGUCAGAGGCUGGGGAGUGGAGUAUACCGGCUGACCGCCCUCAGAAACAGCCAAAGUCGACCUGUGGUCACUGGAGAGAGUCCGGGAUGCCUGCUGGUGAACUACACAUUCAGUGACAGCUGGACUAAAGAGAGAUCAACCGAAGAAGGGUCAAAAAGAAGAGCAACCCAGAGCGAAUUGGAUAAAGUUUCCAGGGUGAGAACAAGUGAAUGUCAACAAGAAAAUGGGACUUUUCGCUUUGCCUCGUCUUUGGUGCAGGACUCUUCCUGUGUUCUCGGUUUCAUUCAAACCAGGAAGAGCCUGCAACCUCAUAAAACAGCUCUGCACCUCCCAACAAGACUCCAGCCUCUCCUCCAGGAGAAGUUGUUGUUUGGGAGGAUGGCAUCUUGGACCAGAGUAGCUGUUUCAAUCCACCCUGACAUUAUUAGAUCCCCUCAGCAGCUCCGAGCUUUCUGCAGUCUCAUAUUCAUUUUGGCUGAGAAGGGUUCAGUGAAGCCAGGUACUGGACUGAGGCUGAAGUGUCUGAAGCUACAUCCUGAUACCCUGCAAGCAUCUGCUGCAACCUGUAGGAGCUACAGCUGGGGAAGUGACAGCCGUUCCAAAGAUGCUCCUCCGCUGUACAGAAGCAAGACGGCCUAUUAUGACAUCCUCAAAGUUUCCCCGGGUGCCACACAGUCCCAGAUCAAGACGGCCUACUACAAGCAGUCCUUUAUCUACCACCCUGACAAGAACCCGGGGAGUGAUGAGGCAGAACAGCAGUUCACAGAGAUCAGCGAGGCAUACACAGUGCUGGGGAACAUCAGCCUGAGGAGAAAGUACGACCGAGGUAUCCUUAGCCAAUCAGAUGUUCUGAGUGCUGGGAGACCAUCCUCCAAAGAGACUUCAGGCAGAUCAACGGGGUCUCCACACCAACAGCAGCAGCAUCAACAGAGAGCCAGGCGGUACUCUCAAACUGGAGGGAAAACCAUGUUUGAUUUUGAUGCCUUUUACCAGGCUCACUAUGGGGAGCAGCUGCAGAGGGAGAGAGACAUGAGAGCCAGGAAGCAGCGCAUGGAGGAGCUGCAGAAGGAGGGUCGCAUCAAGUGGAGAAAAGCGAAAAUGACGGAGAUGACUGUGGCCAUGCUGCUGACCAUGGCAGGCCUUCUUUUUGUUAAUCUCACCAAGCCCUGAAAUAGACGCAGCAGUGACUGGACAUGUCCCUCAGGGGUUGCAUGUUACAACUCUCAGGGGGUGGAGGGGGGGUGCUACCUCAGAUAUUUUUGCAAGUGUUGCACAGUUUCUGAAAGUUGAAGAAGGAUUAUUUUUAGCCUGCUGCAGGACGAAACAAAACCUACACCGUUGAUUACUUUGUUAAAAGCAACAAAAACACUUGCUAUUCAUUAAACACCCCCUCACAGGCACAACAAAAAUCUAUCAAGUACUGUUAAUGAGACACCACGUUUCACAUUUGAAGGUUUAUUUACUUUUUUGAAUUGACUCAGAGUCCAAUAAUCACUGUGCAGUAAAAGUUUAUGCUGACCUGCAGGGAUGUUGUAAGCUCUGUGGGAACAAAGCCAUCAGCAGGUUGAGCUUUUGGACCUUUGUUCAGUAAGCUGUAAAGUCAAUCAUAAUUUAUUUUACUUUCUGUUUGCAGUGACGCUGGACGCCAAACAUCAUAUUCGGCAGCUUGUAUUCAUGCAUUAUGUUGAAGAAUGCACAACUUCUCUUCACUUCCCAAAGUGCUAUAACUUGUGUAGAAAACUACUUCAGUGUAAAAUUUCAGAAUGAUUUGUGAUGAGGACAUUAUCAUGUUUUCUCCAGGGGGUUCAUAUGUAUACAUAUAUGUACUGUACAUACAAGGAGCCUAGCUAUGUGAAAAUGCUUAUAUGCAAUGCAAUGAGCACUGUAACAUAACAAAUGAAUAAAACCAUUGCUGCUACAAUGUUCGCCGUGGCCUCUAGAGGGCAUCUGAA